GGAAAACCAGGACCCCUGAUUGGCCAGGAGAGAAAUAGGAGGGCUGCGUUACUAAGCUGAUGCUUUAAACAAACUUUUGUACAGAGUAACUGUCUCCAUCCCUCUCUCCCACAGGCAAAGCUUAAUCGGCCGUUCACUUCAUCACCUGAAGUCAAGGUUCAGUAAGCCACCAUCAUGUCCAGCAAACGAGCCAAGGGGAAGUCCACAAAGAAGAGGCCACAGAGGGCCACAUCUAACGUGUUUGCUAUGUUCGACCAAUCCCAGAUCCAGGAGUUCAAGGAGGCCUUCAAUAUGAUUGACCAGAACAGGGACGGAUUCAUCGACAAGGAGGAUCUACAUGAUAUGUUAGCCUCCUUGGGUAAGAACCCGUCUGAUGACUACCUGGAGGGUAUGAUGAGUGAAGCUCCUGGUCCCAUCAACUUCACCAUGUUCCUCACCAUGUUCGGAGAGCGUCUGAACGGAACAGACCCUGAGGAUGUGAUCAGGAAUGCUUUUGCCUGCUUUGAUGAGGAGGGAUCCGGUGUGAUUCAUGAAGAUCACCUGAGAGAGCUGUUGACUACUAUGGGGGAUCGCUUCACUGAUGAGGAAGUGGAUGAGCUCUUCCGAGAGGCUCCCAUUGACAAGAAAGGCAACUUCAACUAUGCCGAAUUCACUCGCAUCCUGAAACACGGGGCGAAGGACAAGGAUGACAUAUAAAGCUCUAGAGACUCUCAGCCUGGCAGCCGAGUGCAUUUUACCUACACUAAACGUGUUCAUAAAAGGAGAACAAAAUACAAAUUGCUGUAAAGUUAAAAAGCACAAGAAACACGAUUGCAUUACAGUAUAACCUAAACCAAAAUACAAAAAUGAGUCAUUUUAAUUAUAGGCUACUUGCACUUGUGUAGAUUAAACUGUGAUUAUUGUAUCCCCCCUCCCCCCUUACAGGUCCACAUGAUUUAAAGAAUUAUACAGUGCUCAGAAUGGUGUGUUUUAUUCUGCAGAUGUUCGAUAGUUUCAUUUGGUUACUGUGAAGUUCAGGUAAUAUGAAGUAAACAUCUUAGCAAAAAAAAAAAAGUUACUAGAACAUUGUUUUAUAGUUCAGAGAGAAACCACUGUAACAUGGUCAGAUUAAACUGAUAGAAACACUGGUUCGUGUGAAAAUUCUGGGAAAAUUUUCAGUUUUUUUUUUUAGGGUGAUCAAAAUCUAAAAAUAUCUGUUCAGUUCCACUAUAGACCUAACUAUGCUUUCCACAACCCAUGUCCAGAGUUUAUACCUCACAACAGUGCAUUCUAUAUAGAAGCUCAUUUUUAUUAAACAAAUUAUAAACAUGUUUAAGCAUUGCCUGUAAGAUGUAUAAAAGAAGAUAGUUGUGCAGCAUUUUUUGGGAAAAGUUUUGUAACGGUCAGACAUGAGCCAACUCCGUUUUGUCUAAACUUGAGUUAAAAGAAGAGUUUUGACUCUAGACUAUAAAAACAAAAAGUGUGAGACAUCACAAUCUGUAAUAUAAACAUGACGGUCAGUAAAUUUCUGUCAUACAAGAGUAAGAAAACACUUAAGGAGGAAGGUGUUUUGGUGACACCACCCAAUUUUUGAUUACUAGUCUAAAACAGAAUGCCACGUUAUGUAUAAGCAUAUCAGACUGUGAUGGGACCAAUAAGCAACACUUGCAUCACAUUAAAAUUUAUUAUUGCUUCAUCUUUUAAAGGGAGACAGUUUCCUUAUCUUAUUCAAUAAAAUCUGAUUUCUUAUUAGGAAA